UCUAGUUACUACUACUACUACUACUACUCGGUCUUUUUUGUUUCAUAAUUUGCAGGCCAUAACAUUAUUAUUUUAUUUUAUCAAAAUUUUUUGGUUAUUUUGUUUUUCUUUUCGAAUAUGGAUAUUGAAUAUGGAUCAUCUUCGUCACCUGGUUUCAAUUUACAAGGAGUUGAUGAUGUUGAAGAUUUUGUUUGGGGGAAUCAAGAAGAGUCCAGAUCGAUGUCGUUAGGGAGGUUUAGUCAUGUUUAUGAUCUUAUGGAAAUGGGAAACAAAGCAUUCAGAGAAAACCGCUUCGAGGAGGCAGUCAAUAAUUACUCGAGGGCUCAUCGUAUUAAACCAGAUGAUCCUGUCAUUCUUAACAACCGAUGUGCUGCGUAUCUCAGGAUCAGUCAAUUCCUAAAAAACAGACCACCUUCUGUAUCUGAACAUAGACCAUUGAGCGGGCUUGAUCCUACAAUCCAUGCUGGCCUUGCAUUGAAGGAUGCUGAGCAGUUUAUGAACUUGCGAAGUCAAUCUGUAAAUCCUUACAUACUGAAAGCAAAUGCACUCAUUUUGCUAGAGAGGUUUGAGCAAGCACGUGAUGUAAUUAUUGCCGGUAUUCAGAUUGAUGCUUCAAGCAAUGCUCUACGGAAUUUGGAAAGAAUAAUAACAGAAAUAUUUGGGAGGAGAUUCCAUGGGAGACCAGCGCGUACUGAUGAUUUUGAUUGCACACUUUGCUUAAAAUUACUAUAUGAGCCAGUUACAACUCCUUGUGGACAUACUUUCUGUCGCUCUUGCCUCUUCCAAUCUAUGGACCGAGGGAACAGAUGCCCUUUGUGCCGAACAGUUUUGUUUAUUAGUCCUAGAACGUGUACAAUAAGUGUGACACUAAACAGCAUAAUAGAGAGAAACUUUCCGCAGGAAUACGCAGAAAGGAAAUUAGAACAUCAGAGUUUAACAAAUAUGGGUCCUGAUCUGUUACCUCUUUUUGUCAUGGAUGUUGUGCUUCCUUGCCAAAAGUUACACCUAAAUAUAUUUGAAGCUCGUUACAGACUUAUGGUGAGGAGGAUUAUGGAAGGAAACCACAGAAUGGGAAUGGUUAUACUUGACCCCACAACCGGAUCUGUAGCUGAUUAUGCAUGCGAAGUGGAAAUCACAGAUUGUGAGCCUCUUCCUGAUGGACGGUUUUUCUUAGAGGUUGAGAGUCGGCGAAGAUUUCGCAUCCUUCGAAACUGGGAUCAAGAUGGGUAUCGGGUCGCUGAGGUUGAAUGGGUACAAGAUUUGUUGCCACCUGAUGGAUCAAGAGAGAAACAUGAUUUGCUGCAAAUCACGAAUAAAGUAGCAGCAUAUGCUCGAUCCUGGAUAAAGGUGGCUCAAGAGGCUGCACAUAGAGAUCAAACACGACUUAUGGAACUGCAUAGAGCGGAAGGUCUGAUGCCUUCAACAAACGAUCCUGAAUCCUUCAGUUUUUGGCUUGCUACCCUAACAAAUCAGAGACCUCAAGAAAGGUUGUCUCUUCUUCGCCUUAGAGAUACAAAAGAGAGGUUAAGAAGGGGGUACUAUGUAAUGAAAGCAGAAGAACAAUGAUGUGGAUUUGGAUGAACAUGAGGACAUAAUUACAUUCAUUAAUUCAUAAAGUAUAGUUUUGUUUUGUUUUAUAGGCAAUUCAAUAUUCUUUUGUACUACUAUAUAGAGGUUCCAAAGGGGAGCAAUACACACACAAAAUGGUACAGAAAGUGCAAUCCAUUUUUUCUUUAACUUGUUUACUUUAUUUGGGGUAUAGAACAGUUACAAGCACACCCCUGUAUUCAACCCCUUUCACAAUUGUGAUUUUUGUACUCACACAUAAAGUUUAAUAUAUGAUGAUUUUUGCACUCA